AUGACCACUCUGCUGCUCCUACUGCUCCUACUCUGCUCCGGGCACUCGCUGGGAACCUGGGCUCACUCUGCCAUCUCCAAAGGUCCCUUCCUGACCGUGCCCAUGAUGAAAGAAGAGGGAGUUCUGUACCGGCGCCGCUUCUCCACGUGCGGUGGGACCACCCCUCUCAGACCGCCGCACCCGGAUGGCAGAAAGCUGAUCCGGAACGCCUCCUUCGGGGGCUACAACGAGCUGUCUCCCCUGUCGCUGCCAGGCUUCGAUCGAGUGAAAGAGGACCUGCUGCCGUUGUCUAUGAAAGACGAUACGCACUCCAUUUCCAAAAGCAAGUCUGAGACCAAGCUGUACAAUGGCUCGGAUAAAGAUGUGUCGACCUCUGGAGGAAAACUUACCAAGAAGGAAUCUCUCAAGGUGCAGAAGAAAAACUACCGUGAGGAGAAGAAGCGGGCGACUAAAGAGCUGCUCAGCACCAUCACGGACCCCUCGGUGAUUGUCAUGGCUGACUGGCUCAAGAUCCGCGGCACGCUUAAGAGCUGGACCAAACUGUGGUGCGUGCUAAAGCCAGGGGUGCUGCUCAUCUAUAAGACCCACAAGAACGGUCAGUGGGUGGGCACCGUGCUGCUCAACGCCUGCGAGCUCAUUGAGAGGCCUUCCAAGAAGGACGGCUUCUGCUUCAAGCUUUUCCACCCACUGGAGCUGAGCAUCUGGGCCGUCAAGGUGAGCAAAUCAAAGCACCAUUCCCACUGCACAGAAACGAAACAAAAAAAGAUUGAGAGUUAG